AUGGACCAUCGCAGGCCACUGAGUGCAGCAGCAACAACAACCCGACCUCUCCCGCCGCAGCGCGCCGUCAGCGGCAGCGCACUCUACUUUCCCAAGCCGAUUGGUCGUCCUUCCCGUUUGAGCAGUGUCAGGUCUGUGUCGCAGUCGGCCGCGGGUGUGGUGGACUUGACGGCAGAAAGCGCAGGACGGAAUCAUGGCGGGGUGUUCGGAGAGCGUAGAGAGACAUUGCUGGUGGGUUCGCCUGAAGUGAUUGAGCUUGAAGAUGAGGAGGAGCAGAGACCGGCGAAGAGAGCGAAGUUGGCGCCGGAGGAGGAUGAGGAUGAGGAGGCGGGAUCUGCAGGGGCGAGUAGAGAUGACAUGGCACAUGCUAUUGUGCCCGGCGAGAAGUUGCCCAGUCUACCCAAACAGAAUACCAGCAACUCCCGGUCCGUUCUGGCACGACGGCGUCGGUACGGUGGAGAGUCGUCUGCUCGUAAGGCGAAUGGAAUCGAGCCUCCACCAAUGGCUACUCGGAUACCACCACCAAAGAACGUGGCCGACUUUUCGCCAUGGACAGGCCAACAUGCCGAGGACGUUUUGAAUGAAAAUAUCGUCAAAGUCGGCUACUCAGACAAGCCUCCGACGUCCAUACAAACCGAGUGCAAUUCAGCCAAGGCUUCGAUAUGGAACAACUUGUCGACGAAGAAUAGCGCGGGUCUGCAAAUGCUAGGCUACCUGUUCACGCAAGUCAUGGAGAAGCGGCAGACGCUGGGCAAGUGUAAUGCACCGUCUACAUUCAAGCCGCCGCCUCGUGUCACUGUCACGGAUACGAAGCGGGAGGGCUGGCUACGAGAUCUAGCGAACCCGGACAUUCCGCUUCGGAAGCAAAGUAGGACUAUACCGCAUGGCGUCCGCGGCAAACUACUGAUGGAUCAGUGUCUGAGCAAGGACAUCCCACUUCAGCGGGCGGUCUGGCUUGCGAAGUGUGUUGGUGCGAAUGAGCUACGUGCAUUCAGACGGAAAGGCGUGAGUGGAGCUGCUGCAGCUACGGGAGAAAGCAAAUGGAUCCGUGAAUGGACUAUCAGUGUCGAGCAGUUUCUAGAGGGUGUAAUUGCGACUUGUGGUGAGGAGGACUGGCAGAUGAGGAUGGGUUAUGCCAUCAAGCUGGUUACUGCUUUCCACACAGAGCAGCUGCUCGACAAGGACCACUAUCUUGACUGGAUAGUGGCCUCGUUCGGUGAGGCGGAACUGGAGAGACUGCCUGUGUGGAUUGUCGUGCUGCAGAUAUAUUGGAAGGACAUCGUUCGGUUCAUCCGCCGAGGUCGAAAGCUGGCUUUGAUCAUGUUGGAAAGGCUUACACAGCUAUCGGAAGACUCGAGCGGCGUCAACGCAGUGCUACGAACGAGACUUCAAAAAUUGGUCGCCAUCCUUGCUGUCACGAGCCGUGGAAGUCUCGUUACCCCGGAGGUAUGGGACAAAUACAAAGUUCUCCUGGCUCCGACUGAGAUGGCCAAGACAAACGAAGCAUUACGGGCAGUGGCUGUCUCGGUAGCUGGAAGUAACGAGCGGCUCAAAGCACCGCUCAACAAGACUCCUUCCAAUACACGAAGUUCAGUCUUACGACUUUACGACAUGCUGGAUACUGUUGGCCUCGAGAUCGACCACACUGCUUUAUCGACAUCCUGCAUUGAGCUGGUACCCCACGUACCUGACCUCGUCAACGCACUCUUCGACUGGACGGCAUCUCCUUACAGGCAGGGUCUCGCACGCGUGUACCUUUCUGCCCGGAUCAUCAAGAUAUUGCGGAGUAAUCAUCACGACACGGACUCGGCAAUAUCAGCUUACAUAGCUCGGAUUAGUCCGAGCCGCGCUAUGCAACACGACAAUAUCCAUCGUCUCAUUGGCGAGCUAGUGCGUGAAACGGCAUUCUCUGCAGGGUCAUAUCUACAGUGGCUGGCUUCGAGUGGCGCCUUGUAUGACGCUUCGAGUGUACGAGUCGCUAAACGUGUACUUGGAGCUAUACCAGCAGGCUCACUUCCUGGGCAUCUGGCUGGGCUUCGGCGGUCGUUGCUGAGCAGGCUGGAGUAUGCCGAAGAGGUCGAGAUGAUUGCUGCACCCAGCAUUCAGAUACUGAAGUCUGCACUGGCAGAUGGCAGCUUGAAAUCACUUGAGCUUGUGGCGUCGACGACAGUCUAG